CCGUGUGGGUUGGCUGUCGGUCGCUCAUUUCCCCACAAAUCUGUGCCGAUGAUGAUUUCUCGAGCCGACGAUGCUGAUGUCUGCGAGGCUAAGUAGUCGAUCGGGGAUGCUGACAUUACGGUUUACGGCUGAUGGUCUCCCUCCUCUCAGUCAAUCCCGUUCCGACAUGUCCACGAGCUGCUGGAUUCCAAAUUGCUCACCGUUUUUGCUCGGUGCCCUAUCUUCAGACAUUAGCGUCUUUAAUGAGGGGCUUUUGCCCUGACAACGGUGCCUCCUCCAACUCUCCGUUGUCCGCCCACCCUCCGAGAUGGUGGCUGGCUUGGGGUGCUGUGGCUUACUGGCCUACUGCUAGCCUACUGGCCUACUGGCCUAGCCUUCUUCUCCCCCUGCUUACGGCGUCCACUGCGUGGGCUAGAGAAAAAAAAUAACACGGACGGGAAGGGCCAUCUGUGACCCGCACAAAGUCGGAACUAAUGCUUUCCUAGUUAGCAAUCCCCCGUUGCCUGAAAUA